UGCAAAAAGUCGAAUCCGCAGCAAUAAUUACUCUUAAUUUUGCAACCGCUCGCAAAAUCAAAUCGUAUCCCUAAUUGGGAACGAAGAUCACAACCAAUCUUCAUCUUUUUUCAGUAUCCCACUGAUUUCUAGGGUUUUCUUUUCGUAUCUCUCUUUCUAUUCGCCAUGUCUACAGCUACCAUCUCUUCGCCGCUGUCUAUGUCGAAAUCCGCUACCACAACUUGUGACUCUCUCCUUCGCGAACUGCAGAAAAUAUGGGAUGAAAUUGGAGAAAGUGAAACUGAGAGGGAUAAGAUGCUUCUUCAGUUGGAGCAAGAAUGCCUUGAGAUAUAUCGUAGGAAGGUAGAGAGAAGCAAGAAGUACAAAGCUGAGUUACAGCGGUCAUUGGCCGAUUUUGAAGCUGAAAUCGCUCGACUUACUUCUGCCCUUGGAGAACGGGUUUCUGUGCCUCGGUAUGAGAAGAUGAAUGGCAAUAUUAAGCAUCAAAUAUCCGUUAUAAGCCCUACGCUGGAGAGUUUGAGGGUAAAGAGACAAGAGCGAGUAAAAGAGAUUUCAGAAGUAGAAUUCCAAAUUGCAGUAAUCAGUGCAGAAAUAGCAGGCACAGAUAAGGUUUUAGACCCUAGUGGAAUUCAAGUUGAUGAAGUGGACCUCACCACCAAGAAGUUGGGAGAACUUAAGUCUCACCUCCAGGAGCUUCAAUUUGAAAAGAAUCUGCGCUUGCAGAAAGUUAGUGGCCACAUCAGUGCGAUCCAUGGACUCUCAGUUGUCAUGUCUCUAGAUUUUAAGACGAUAAUGGCUAAAAUCCAUCCAAGUUUUGUUGAUACUGUUGCUGGUCAAUCAAAGAGCAUAAGCAAUGAGGUGUUGGCUAGAUUAACUGGUGAAAUGAAUUCUCUGAAGCAAGAAAAACAACAGCGGCUACUGCAGGCACAAAAUUAUGGCAGAACCCUUAUGGAACUCUGGAGUCUCAUGGAUACACCUGUUGAGGAGCAGAACAAAUUUAAUCAUGUUACACAUUUGAUAACUUUAACUGCGGAUGAGGUUGUGAGUCCUGGGUCUCUAUCUGUUGAUGUCAUUGAGCAGGCUGAAGUUGAGAUUGAAAGAUUGAAUGUUUUGAAAGUCAGUAAGAUGAAAGAGCUUGUGUUUAAGAGGCAAUCAGAGCUUGAAGAGAUAUAUAAAGCGGUUCAUAUGGACCUUGAUGUUGACAACGCACAGCGGCUUCUGAUCACUCUUAUAGAAUCUGGUACUGCUGAUCUUUCUGAGCUGUUAUCAAGUAUGGAUGAUCAGAUUGCAAUAGCCAAAGAAGAAGCUCAAAGCAGAAAGGACAUAUUGGACAAGGUGGAGAAAUGGAAACAUGCAUCGGAAGAGGAAAGCUGGCUUGAUGAGUAUGAAAGAGAUGAAAAUCGGUACAGUGCUGGCAGAGGAGUGCACAAAAAUUUGAAACGUGCUGAGAAAGCUAGAAUCUUAGUCGGCAAAAUACCAAUUCUUGUGGAAAGUUUAACCUCAAAAGUGAAGGCCUGGGAACUAGAGAGAGGAAUGCCCUUCUUGUACAAUAAGGCUCCUUUAUUACGGACAUUGGAGGAAUUCGUCAUCUCCCGACAAGCAAGAGAAGAAGAUAAACGCAGAUCUCGGGAACACAAGAAGCUACAAGAUCAAAUAGCUACAGAACAAGAAGCCCUAUUUGGUUCAAAGCCCAAAAAGCCUUUGGGUCAGAGCACAAACACUAAUACAAUGGCUUCCACGCCAAAUAGUCGACGGGUAGGUACUCCUGCUCGUUUUGGAGUCUCUGGCGGGAAUGGCAGGAGAGACAGUGUUAAGGUGGGCGGCGUGAUUCCCAUAAACUACGUAGCCCUCGCGAAAGAGGAACGAUAGAGGUCGUUGGACCUAUCUUUUGCUUGUGCUCAACUGAUGGGGCUUGGUAUAUAGAUUCUGAGACGUCUAUUUCUACUGAUUGGUAUAAUUUCUAUGGAAAAUCGACCUUCAUGGCUGUAAUCCAUCUUGAUGGAGAAUGGUUAUGACUUGAGAUGAAUAAGUUGUGUAGCAGAAAAAUGUGUGAAAAAUCGAUAUCCUGCUUAUAUAACAACUAAAUUUGACUGUAGUCAACAUAUUUCUUCGAUUUA